ACUAGUACAGAGCGUAUAAAUUACCACCGACCCCUUUAUUCUUUCUCAGAUAUCCGUCCGCUCGAUUUUGUGCACACAUAGAGUAGCCGUGAGAAAAUGGAAGACAGCAUGGAUCUUGAGAACAUGUCUCCUCUGCGCCCUCAGAACUUCCUCUUUGGAUGUGAACUUAAAGCCGAUAAGAAAGAAUAUUCAUUCAAAGUAGAUGAUGAUGAAAACGAACACCAGUUAUCUCUGAGAACAGUUAGCUUAGGUGCAUCUGCUAAAGAUGAAUUGCAUGUAGUCGAAGCUGAAGGGAUGAAUUAUGAAGGAAAAAUGAUAAAAAUAUCUCUUGCGUCCUUGAAGCCAUCUGUACAACCAACGGUGUCUCUUGGCGGCUUUGAAAUUACACCUCCAGUUGUUUUGCGAUUGAAGGCUGGGUCAGGACCAGUUUAUGUUAGCGGUCAGCAUCUUGUAGCUUUAGAAGAUGAUAUGGAGUCCUCAGAUGAGGAGGCUGAAGAAGAGAGCACACCAAGUCCAAAAAAUGCAAAAAGAGCAGCUUCAUUGAACCCAUCCAAAGUUCCCCAGAAAAAGGCAAAAUUGGAGGAUGAAGAUGACGACGAUGAGGAAGAUGAUGACUUUGAUGAGGAUGAUGAUGAUGAAGAGGAAGAUGAGGAGGAAACUCCAGUGAAGCCUGUUCCAGUUGCAAAGUCAGAGCACAAAUCAAACCAUAAUGGAAAAGCCACUGAUGCAUCAAAGACUCCUAAGACACCUGAACAAAAAGGAAAACGGGAAAACAAGCAAGCUACCCCAAAGACUCCCAAAACACCGUUCACAUUUGAUGAGAUUAAAGCAAAAAUGCAAGCCUCCUUAGAAAAAGGUGUAGUUCUUCCAAAAGUGGAAGCUAAAUUUGUCAACUAUGCAAAAAAUUGCUUCAGGACUGAUAACCAAAAGAUGAUCCAAGACCUCUGGAAAUGGAGACAGUCUCUCAAAGAUGGAAAAUAGAUUGAGUUGAAUGUUUAUUUUUAAAACAUAAGAUUUGUCCCUAGAAUGUUCUGAAGAAAUUGUGUAGCGUCUAUCAUGUUUUCUACUUUUUGUUUUCUCAAUGUCCAAGUGAAGGCAUAUGCAAGGUGUCCAAAAAUUAAAUAUUUUACUUACUACAA